AACCUUCUGUCAAAUUGUUCGCUAUUUACACGAAUUAAAGUAAAUACACAAGGCAAUAUACUUUACCGUCAGUGCAGUCGUGUCGAGUUCUGCGGAUUAACCUCAAGUAUAUAAUUAUCAAAUUAAGUUCCAAAUUGUGUGCUUUAGCAUCUUAUUCACUAUUGUAUUAAUCGGUACUGCUAGUAUGAGUAACGGAAAGCAUUUAGCCAAAGGAUCAACCCCACCAGUUUUGAGUAACGAUGGUAAACUUCGCCUGUACUCUAUGCGAUACUGUCCAUACGCCCAACGAGUUCAUCUGAUCUUGGAUGCCAAAAAAAUAUCCUAUCAUACCAUUUACAUCAACCUUAGCGAAAAACCCGAAUGGUAUAGCGACGUAAACCCGCUUGGCAAGGUACCUGCCUUGCAAGUGCCCAGUAAGGGUAGCGCAAUGCUUUAUGAAUCUCUUGUAGUAGCUGAUUACAUAGAGGAAGCAUAUCCUGAUAAGGAGAGAAAACUAUAUCCUGCGGAUCCGUUCCAAAAAGCACUGGACCGCAUUUUGAUCGAACGUUUCAAUGGUCUAGUAAUUAUACCCUACUACCGUAUUAUGUUUUCGACUGAUGGUAUUCCUCCUGGAGCCAUAACAGAAUUCGGUACUGGUUUGGAUAUUUUCGAAAAGGAACUGAAAACACGAGGCACUCCUUACUAUGGAGGUGAGAAACCCGGCAUGCUAGACUAUAUGAUCUGGCCAUGGUGUGAACGAGUCGAUUUGUUAAAAUUUGCCCUUGGUGAUAAGUAUGAACUUGAUAAAGAACGUUUUGCAAAACUGCUUCAAUGGCGCGACUUAAUGGAACAAGAUGAAGCUGUGAAAAAAUCAUUCCUUUCGACUGAAAACCAUACAAAAUUUUUGCAAAGUCGAAAAUCAGGCGAAAACAACUACGAUAUUAUAGCGAACAACGUGAAGAAACAACGUGUGAUUUGAAAUAUUCCCCUAACUUAUGAUUGAAGUCGGAUUACCUCGAUCGAUUCAGAAAACACUAUAGCAAAAAUAAUUCCUGAUGGCAUUUUCUUAUAUCUAUCUAAAAUUUCACCGAAAGACGUUGAACCAGGUAGAGAAAAGUUGUCUGGAACUCAGAUAAAUAUAAGUACAAGAAUACUAAGAUUA